AUGGCGCCUAAAGAAUUGACCCCAAAACAGUUAUCCAGUGGUUUAUCGUACGUCCAUAAAGAAGCACCUUUCUUGGCUCGUCUGAAAAGUAAAGCGACAGAGGCAAAAAACAACAAACCGACAUUUGAAGAUUACAUUGACGGUCAGGACGAUGAAGACAUUGAUGAAUUAGAAGGAGCCCAAAUCGUGACGUUAGACAAGUACGGCAAAGAAAUACACAAGGAUGACGGUGACAAGAGCAGCGAUGAAGAGAAUGAAAAAGACUCGGAAACAAACAAACAAACAGAACAAGAGCGACCACCGCCGGUAGAUGAAAAUGGCCGUCUGCUAUUUCGGCCCACCACAAAGAAGACCUCUAGUAAACGGAAACUGCAGUCCAUCAUUGAUGAAGAGGUCAAAAAAUCAGCAUCCUCCAAAAAGGACGGUCACAGUGAGAAAGAGCAGCAUGUCACAAAAAAGAACAAAAAGCCAAAAAAGAAGAAUGCAAGCACAUCGUUAUUAUCCUUCCAAGACGAAGAUUAA